AUGGGUGCGCACACCAAGCCAUUGAAAUUCUCCCUUCAGUCUUCCUGGCUCAUCCAGGAGGCUGGGGUCUGGGACCCCGACUCCAGACAGGACCUGGAGCCUGGGGAUGCCCUUGCCCACGCAGCCUGCCUCUCUCAGAGGGCGCAGCAUGACACGAGCGCACCGCCAGGGGUCGCCCCUCCCGCCGCUGAGCCAGGCCGCGCGCAGCCCCGCGGGCGCAGGCCCCGCCUCCCGCCAGGCGUGCUUCCUCAGCCGCCCGCCCGCCGCGCGCUUCCUCAGCCGCCCGCCCGCCGCGCGCUUCCUCAGCCGCCCGCCCGCCGCGCGCUUCCUCAGCCGCCCGCCGCGCGCUUCCUCAGCCGCCGCCGCGCGCUUCCUCAGCCGCCCGCCCGCCGCGCGCUUCCUCAGCCGCCCGCCGCGCGCUUCCUCAGCCGCCCGCCGCGCGCUUCCUCAGCCGCCCGCGACGUCAGGAGGCCCCGACUCGCCUGCCCGCGGCCUCCCUUUGGUUUGUACCUCCUCACGGAGGCGAUGAAAUCCGUUUGGGGUCAGCUACAGGGCAGCGCUUUCGGGCCUCCCGCAGGUCCACCUCCUCUGCCGGCGUCUGUCGAGUGUUCUGCGCUGAAGGAGCUUUUCCUGCCAGAAAACCAAGUUCCUGUCCUCUUUGGGGGCAUAUGUGGAAUGUCGUCCUCCUGGAGAGUCACCGGGACAGGCUGUGCCGGGGUUUCCACCCCCGGUCACCACAUGGCCCUGGUCUCUGUGCACUUUCUGGCGCGCCCAGUCCACCUUGGCUUAGCUGACUCUUCAUCUGGAUUCCGGGGAACUGCCAGGCGGCCAGAGGCUGAGGGCACAAGCAUGGGAAUCAUCCACUGGUCAGCCUCCAGGAGCCUGAACUGAGUCCACACACUGAACUCACAGACCUGCAGGAGGAGAUGGAAGAAAGAAAAUCAGCAGGUUUUGAGGAUGAGAAGAACCCAAGUAAUGGCAGAGGAGGUGCUGUGCAAGAGAGGUGAGACUAAGGACCAGAUAAGUUCAAAAAGUCAAGGCAACUGAGGGAUGCACACAGCAUCAUCCAGGCCUCCAUGUGCAGCCGGAGUUGAGCAGGGAAGACUGGGAGGGUCACUUUCUCCACAUGAACGUGUGCAGCUGCCCAGGAAUUCACAGGAUGGAUCAGGGUUGGUUUAUUCUGCUGGGAAGCACCAGUUCCAUGAGGAGGAGGAGGCAGCAGGAGGCUCUGCCCUGGAGCCCUCAGCCACAACCUUCGGAUUGCCCUCAGCGGCCGUCCUCUACGGAAGUGAGUGCUAAGAGAGCGAAAUGAGGUUUGGAGAAGAAUUAGAGACGUUCCUUGGCAGCUCAGACAGGUCUGCCCCAUGGCCAGAAGGGGCCAGGGUGAGGGGGGUCCCUUGCAUCUGAAGCAGAAAGAAUCGUCUUCCUGUGCCUUUAGUUUAGAAGGCUUUACACACAGGGUCUCUUCAAGACAUGCUGAGCGCUUCAUGUGCCUUCUGCUGUGUUAACACCUCGGAGCUCAGCUCUCAGUAAGCUUCUCCUGGGGAGAUCACCGCAGUGAGAGGAAGGCACAAGUGUGCAUAGUUGCACCAAAAUGUGCCUGCUGCUCCCCUGACUUGGGUCGUUGCUGCAGCCCAGAGGAUGGGAGGCUAGACUGAGGCCAUCUGUUCCUGAUGGUAGUGAAACCAGGAGAGGAAUCCCCGAGGACAGGUGUGUCUGCCUGAGAGUCACCCGAGGUGAAGGUGAUGGCAUAAGGUGCGUGUAGGGCAGGCUCUUCUUUACGGAGGGUGACGUGCUACAUCCUGGGAGAAAGCAGAGCCUCCCUGUCAGGACCGUUGCACAGGAAUGGAGCUGAGAUGAGUAGAGACUUGAAACCUGUCUUAUGCAAUCAGUGACAGGAUGUCGCUGAGAAGGUCCUCAGUGCUUGACCUGGUGUGAGGAUUCUUGGACACAGAGGUGGAUAAAGGGUUAUCCCCGUGUUUGUGGAGCUCUCUGUCUGGUAGCAGUGAACUCAUGAGCGGUGUAUUGGUGUUGGGGUCAACGGAGCAAGUGGUCCAUUUGGGCAAGGCAUGGCCUGGUGGGUGGUCCUGGAUCCUUUCUCUUUUUUCC